UCCUCCGACUGUCAGCGGUACGCAGCACAGGGUAGAGUUCUCACGACUGAGAGGCGUUGCGCUCCAGCUCCUGAAAAACACACCGACACGGACUCGCGUUUGACAUUGACAGUCUGGGGAAGUUUAAAAUUGACCCUGGAUAUCCGUCAGCUCGUUAUGAUCAUCACAAAGAAAACUUUGACUUGAAAAAAAGGAAUUGCUGAGUAGAAGCUCGCAUAGUAUGGCGGUGUCUGACAUGGCUUCUUAGUCAUGACUCAAUGAAAGCUAAACUGUGGCAUCCCCUUCGCUCAACAAGACCAGGCAAGACGGACGCUCACAAAGGACGCCUCUCUCUCCAGCUUGCCCUCGCUUCACACCCUCCACCCUCCAACAGCACGACUGUGUUGCUGUCAUUUUAGAGGAGUUGCUUAAGCGCCUUAAAUGUUCCUGUUCCAGUGAACUCGCAGUGAAGGUGCUGUUCUUGGCUGGCGUCCACACCUUGUCAUAAGCCAGCAGACAAGCUGUUGGGAGAAUUCUGGACACGGUGGACGGAAGAGACCUGCAGACAGACCGACUGGGCAGAACUGUGGCAUCUGCUGAAUCCAUCGAGGCAGCUCUCACCAGGUGGUCCGCCCCUUUCUGCUGACCAAAGAGGGAAAGCAAGAGGGAAAGCAAGAGAGAGAGAGAGAGAGAGAAAAGAGAAAAGACGGAGAGACAUCUUGCUGCCCACAGGGCCUGUGGGCAUGUUUGCCGCUGCUGCGUUCAGGCCUCUCAUUAGGCCACUGGUCCCAGUGCUGAGGAAUGGAUAACCAUGCUGUCGGUCACCAUGGCUAAUACUGGCAUUAUUACACCCAUUAUUCUGCUGUAUUGCUCUAAGACUCUUUAAAGUGUGUGCUUUUUUGUUUCCUUUUUUUUUCAGUUUGUCUUUGGAAGCAGCAGUGAGGUUUGGUAUACCCACUUAUUAACAUAAAGCCUACUGAGAGAAGGGCAGCUCUUUCUAUUUUUGGACUAGUAACCUAAAACUGUAAGAUAUGCUUAUUUAUUCAUAGUCUUUUUUUGGUCACUGUAACUACUUUUUUUCCCUGAAAGAUUUUGAGGAAGCUGCUUUUUAAAGAAGGUUUUCACAGAAAGCUAUGGCAGCAACAUAUCGUGUUGUGGUGAGCAGCAUCAACUGCUACAACAGCGUGGUGAUCGACCGCCGGCUGCAGCACACGGUGCACUACUGUAACGGGCCGUGCGGGGCGCUCAAACAUGGACUGAGCUGCACAGUGGCCCACAGGAGCUCGUGCGCCGAGCUGCUGGACGUCCCUCCGGCCAGCACACACAACCCGGCAAUCCACGAGCCAAUCAGCAAGACACUGGAGAAUGGAGGCUCCGGGCCAGGGGUCUACUGCGACGACUAUCACCAGACCUUUCCUGGUCGCCUGAAGAAGGGAUCGGGCAUGCAGAGCUCGGGCAGCCUCAAGGACAUCACGGGAGAGGCCAUCAACUUGGCCAGCGGCAAGAUGAAGGAGUUCUCCUUCGAGAAGAUCAAGUACUCCACCAGCCACGUCACCUUCCGCAAGGGCCGCAAAGUGAGGCCAGACUCCUUCAGCAGGAGGUCGACCGACCUGGACAUCAUCUAUGGCCACUUCGGCGGUGGCAGCAGCGUCGGGAACGACGAGAACUGUCCCCCCUUCAGCCUGAUGCAGAAGUCGGUGAUGGAGGAGCAGAAGCUGAGCCGCAGCAACUCACUGGAACAUAGCCUCAACACGGUGGCCUCGCUCUACCUGAGCAGCCUCUCGGAGGAGAACCUGAUCGCCCGCAUCCUGGAGAAGACCAAGGCGGACAGCGGCGCCUCCGGAGAGGACAUCAAGGCCUGCCUGGACAUCCUGCUCAAGUGCUCCGAGGACCUGAAGAAGUGCACGGACAUCAUCAAGCAGUGCAUCAGGCGCAAGGCCACGGGCGACGGUGACAACGACUCCACCAACCCGGACGCCAUCUACAAGAACGUGAUGUCCCGUCUGUCCGGUUAUCUCAAGCGGCUGCCACUGGAGCUGGAGCAAGGGCGGCAGGAGCACAGCGACCUGGCAGAGCUGGUCAGUGCACUGCACAGCCUGCAGCAGAGCACCUUCUCCCCGAUCUUUGGCAACGAGCAGCCGCCUCGGUACGAGGAUGUGGUCCAUUCCCCUCCACUGUCCAAGCCCCGAGCCCCGAACUCGGUCGCUCCCAUCGCCCCGACCUCAGCCUCCUCUCAGACCGACCGUCGUGACGUCUGCACUCAGGACUCCAUGGGAAAUGUGAAAGUAGCCAAACUGAUGUAUGGAGGGGGCCCACCUGCUCACUCUCCCAGCAACGGCGUGCAUCAUCACGGCGUGCAGACCGUUCCCUCGAGCUUGCUGCAGUACGCAAACAGCCGCCACGACCCCCUCUCGUCGACCAACUCUCUCCUCUCCUGCAGCACCGACAGCAUCUGUAAGGACACUAUGGAGGCACUGUACAUAGAGGAAGAGGCUGACCUGGGCAAGACGACCGAGAGGGAGAGGGGGAUGGCCAGUGCAGCAGAGGUCAAGCAUUUCGCCAAGAAGCCCAGCAGCAUCCCUGAGAUGCCGAGUGGCACUGGCGUGGCGUCAAAUAAGCUACCCGAGAUCAGCAGGAGUGGAGCAUCAUACAAACCAAAGGCUGAGUCUGCCGCCGGGCAGAUGUACACCCCAGCGAAGACCGCAAGCGCGGACUCCAGGACAUUUUCUAAGCCCGCUGCUCACCAGUCCAGAGGCAGCAGUGAGGACAUUGACAAGCUGCUGAUGGACCUGGAGUGCCUCUCUCAGAACAUGCAGAAGGAGCCUCCGCUGCCUCCUAAGAUGAAGAACCAGCACCUGAGACAAGCUGGCCAGCAGCAGCAGCAGCAGCAGCAGCAGCAGCAGUGCAGUGGGACUCAGGCCUUCAGCAGUGCUUGCUCUGGAGCCAAUGGCCCAGUGUCCUCUAAAGCCCCAGGUGUCUCUGUGGCUCCACUGUCUAACGCCAGCGCUGGCCCUGAGGAGGGUGGGGAGGAGGACGACGGAGAGCUUCUGCUCAGGAUCCUGGAGAGCAUCGAGAGCUUUGCCCAGGAGCUGGUGGAGAGCGGAGCGGUCACUGGCACCCAGUCCAAAGAAAAGGAAGUGAUGCGUCUCCUUCAGGACACACUGGCCACCACCGCUGCUGCCACUUCCCCUACCCCUGCCCUUGCUCCUACCCCUGCCCCUACACCUGCCCCUACACCUGCCCUAGCCCCAGCCCUAGCCCCAGUCCCUGCCCCUGCCCCUGCCAACGACAAAGUGGACGCUGCAGCACCACCAGAGCCUGCAGAACCCCCAGCUUCACCUCCUAAAGCCCCUGCCCCUGCCCCUGCUCCAGGUCCAGUUCCAGUGCCUGUUCCCGCUCCUGCUCCUGCUCCAACUCUAGCUCCUCCGUCCGUUCCCAUGACCACCACAUCAGCUGCUGCGCCCCCUGACCUCGUGACCUCUGCCCCUGAGGUGACCGAGACAGGCUCCACUCUGCUGAUCCAGCAGACCCCUGAAGUCAUCAGGGUACAGAAUAGCAAACCAGAGAAGAAACCUGGCACUCCUCCACCAUCUCCAGCUCAGGCCCCCUCCUCGCCGACCCCACGACCCCUCACGCCACCACCCCCUGCCAACUACGUGGUGGUCGCUCCCCCUCCCAUCUCCAUAAACAUUCCACGCUUCUAUUUCCCCAAAGGCAUCCCCAACUGCCCUGCCAACUAUGACGAGGCCAUUGGCAAAAUCGAGAGUGCCUUCACCGAGUUCGAAGAAGAGAAAGCGGACAUUUAUGAGAUGGGCAAGAUCGCUAAGGCCUGUGGCUGCCCUCUGUACUGGAAAGCGGCCAUGUUCAACGGCGCUGGUGGGGAGAGAACUGGCUUUGUCUCCGUCCACUCCUUUAUCGCCAUGUGGAGGAAGCUGCUGCACAACUGCCAUGAUGAUGCAUCAAAGUUUAUUUACUUGCUAGCCAAACCAGGCUGCAGCUACCUGGAGCAGGAAGACAUGAUCCCAUUACUACAGGAUAUAGUGGACACCCAUCCAGGGCUGACCUUUCUGAAAGAUGCGCCCGAGUUCCACUCUCGCUACAUUACAACAGUGAUACAGCGGAUAUUCUACACAGUGAACCGCUCCUGGACGGGCCGCAUCUCCAUGAUGGAGCUGAGGAGGAGUAACUUCCUGCAGACCCUUGGCCUUUUGGAGGAGGAGGAUGAUAUAAACCAGAUCACAGACUACUUCUCCUAUGAACACUUUUAUGUCAUCUACUGUAAAUUCUGGGAGCUGGACACUGACCAUGACCUCUUCAUUGACCCCAAGGACUUGGCCAGAUACAAUGACCAUGCCUCAUCAAACAGAAUCAUUGAGCGGCUCUUCUCCGGAGCGGUCACAAGAGGGAACUCCGUGCAGAGGGAAGGGCGCAUGAGCUACGCCGAGUUUGUCUGGUUCCUCAUCUCAGAAGAAGACAAGAAAAAUGCAACCAGCGUUGAGUACUGGUUCCGCUGCAUGGACGUCGACGGGGACGGCGUGCUGUCCAUGUACGAGCUGGAGUACUUCUAUGAGGAGCAGUGCGAGCGCAUGGAGGGCAUGGGCAUCGAGCCGCUGCCCUUCCACGAUCUCCUGUGCCAGAUGCUGGACCUGGUCAAACCAGAGUGCCAAGGUAAAAUAACGUUACGUGACCUCAAGCGCUGCAGGAUGGCACACAUAUUCUUCGACACUUUCUUCAACCUGGAGAAGUAUCUCGACCACGAGCAGAGAGAUCCAUUUGCAGUGCAAAAGGAUCUGGACAGUGACAGCCCAGAGCCGUCUGACUGGGAUAAGUAUGCUGCGGAGGAGUAUGAGAUCCUGGUUGCCGAGGAGACGGCCAAUGAGCAGCUCCAAGAGGGGUCUUUUGAAGACGACUAUGAAUCUGAUGAGCUCACAGUCCCUUCAGAAAUUGGGAAUAAAAUGGACAAGCUGGUCAUAUCUGACCUCUCUGCAUAAGCUCCGGAGCAUUGUGGCCUGUUCUCAACUCUAGGACGACAAAGAAGAAGAUAUAUAUUCAGAGAAAGACAGAGAGGGAGAGGGGCUUAUCAGUCCACAUCCUCUCUACUACUGAAAGGGAAAACUGCCUUUUUCUGCAUUUAAACAAUGAACUUUUGAGUAUAUGUGUUUGUACAGCUGUCUGUGUGUGUGUGUGUGUGUGUGUGUGUGUGUGUGUGUGUGUGUGUGUGUGUGUAUGUGUGCAAGAGAGAAAGUAUGUGAGUGUGUAUGGGGGUUCAGGAGAGCUGAUGUCUAAACCAAAAGGCUUUCUGUUAUGUGCAAUAUGUCUUAACAUGUAGAGCGAAUCACAUUUUCCACUUCUGCAGUGAAAUGGUCAUUUUCUGAGCCCCACUCCCCAACCCCCCAAAACUACAAACUGCCAGCAGAUGUUGUCCAUCCAUUUCAAGACCCAUUUUGUGGGAAAAAUGACCGUAAACUGGCCUUUGAAGUAUGAGAACAUCAGCUACCACAUGUUACAAAGGAGCGAGAGGAAGGUGGACAUACUCUUGUGUGCUUUGUGUUGUGCCCAUCGUUGCUGCAAAGAAGCUCGACUCAACUCGACUCCCAAACUGUAACUAAAUCGAUCUACGUACGGUAUUCUUUCAGUGUUUGGUUUGAGAUGGUGUAGCUUCUGCUAUACUGAAAGACUGUGAUAGCACAAAGAAACCUUUUCUUUUCUAUGUCAUGUUGGACACCUUUCCUGUGAACAAUCAAUGUGAUUUUAUGAGUGAAUUGUGCCUCCCUGUGGUCAAAUGUAAUACUGCACAGAAACAGCACAUGGAUUAAAUUGGCAAUGGGGAAUAGUAGUAGUCUGUGAGUUGUGGUGACUUACAGUGCUUAUGGGAGAAGGCCUGUGAGAAAUAACAGGUCUAAGAUCUAAACAUUUCCACAUGCAGCAGUUUAUCUGUAUCUAGCAUACAAUUUCACAUGUAGACUGGGGGCUUAGUCCUGACAAUCUUGAAACAAUAUUUACUGUUUCAAACUCCCACUCCAAGCAUUUGCAGGAGUUAAUAUUGCCGUCAACCAGAACUCCAUGUUCAUCCAAGAAUCCUUCUUAAAAUAUGACCAAGGCUGGUCAUAUAGUCACGGGGGCUCAGAGGACUUACAGUAUAUUGCAAUAUGAAUUAAGUUUUUGUUCAAAAUUGUCUUUCUGGAUAUUUUUAUAGCUUCAGAAUAUGACCGGGAUUCCUUCAGAAAUUGUACAAUGUCUAAAAUGUUAGGCUGAUUUAUUAUUCAUUUUCUUUUUUUGACGAUGGCUGUGCCUUAUCUCACAUCAUUCAUGUCCUGCACAGUCACAGACAGUCACACAUCGCAUCACAUGUCAUCACAUCACAUCACAUCACAUCACAUCACAUCAAAUUUAUUUAUAUUGCGCAUUUCAUACACAGGGGUCAUUCAAGGUGCUUUACAUAAACAAAAUGUUGUGUUCAGUUGCGUUACAUGUCUGUGGUAGUGGUCCCCCAGAUGUCAUGCUGAAGAGGGACGCUAAGGCAGCCGGGGACUCAAGGCUGCCAACAUGAUCUAAUGACUGAUGUCCCCCAACAUCACCAGAGGUUCCACCUCGUCCUCUGUCUCCGCCUUUUCUCUGUGGAUGGCUGAUGUGACUCCUCCAGUCCUGUACUGAAAGACACCCAGCACGCUCUCUCAGUGCUGCCCCCAGUGGACAGUGUUACUGCCCACACUUGUGUGUUUCUGUAAUUAGUGUAAUAUAUUUAUAUAUGCUAAAAGUGCAUAGUUUUGCAAGCCAUUGUCAUGUGUGACAGCUAGCUGCCUGUGUACUGUAGUUGAAUUAUUUUUCUGACCCUAUAGUAGGACAUUUAUUUUAUAUAGCCUCUGUAAAUGUCUGUUUUAUUUGUUUUGUUUCUCCCAUGUGUUCAACUCAGCCACUGAGUGGCAAAGCAUUUUUAAAUUAUGAUAUGUCUGUGAUUGCCAGUGUUAUCGUAUGUGCAGUAAGCUGAAUCUGUGUGUCAUUUUGUUAUUUUAUUUUUGAGGGAAUUUUGUAUAAAUUCAUUACAAGAUGACAAUCAACUGGAUAUAAUUUUAUCUUAGCAAUGUGUUUGUAGCUCUCCUUUAUAGUCUGCGGGUCUAUCUGAGCAAUACAAACUGCUAUAUCAAUCAGGCUAAUUAGUACAA